AUGGAGCGGCUCCGCGGCCCCGCUGUGUCCCAGGUGGCGCUGCUGGAUACUGCUGCCUGCCCUAAGGAGGAAGGGUUCUCAGAGGCCCUAUGCCCCAGGGAGGAGGAAGAGGAGGAGGAAGAAUACAGGCAAAGGAGAUCUGUCACCUUCACACUGGGAAAUGAGAUACUGGGACUGGGCCCAGAAAGUGAGUUUCAGAGCCCUGACGCCGAGAUCUACAUGCACUUCCUAAGGAGCCACUGCUGCUACGAUGCCAUCCCCACCAGCUGCAAGCUUGUCGUCUUUGACAUCUCCCUGGAGAUCAAGAAAGCCUUUCUGGCACUGGUGGCCAAUGGGGUGCGUGCUGCCCCACUCUGGGACAGCAAGACACAGAGCUUUGUGGGGAUGCUCACCAUCACUGACUUCAUCAACAUCCUCCACCGUUACUACCGCUCACCCCUGGUUCAAAUCUAUGAGGUGGAGGAGCACAAAAUUGAGACCUGGAGAGAGGUGUACCUGCAGGGCUCCUUCAAGCCGUUGGUCUACAUCUCCCCAAGCAAUAGCCUCUUCGAUGCUGUCUACUCCCUGAUCAAGCAUAAAAUUCACCGCCUACCUGUCAUCGAGCCCAUCUCAGGCAAUGUCCUGCACAUCCUGACACACAAGCGCAUCCUCAAGUUUCUCCACAUCUUUACCUCUACCAUUCCCAAGCCACGCUUCCUGAAGAAAACAGUGCAGGAGCUGUGCAUUGGCACCUUCCGUGACCUGGCCGUCGUGCCUGAGACUGCCCCGAUCUACACUGCCUUGGAGAUCUUCGUGGAUCGCCGUGUCUCUGCCUUGCCCGUCAUCAAUGAUGCCGGGCAAGUGGUUGGCCUGUACUCCCGGUUCGAUGUCAUUCACCUGGCAGCCCAGAAGACCUAUAACAACCUGGACAUCAGUGUGCGGGAGGCACUGCGGCAGCGCACUACCUGCCUGGAGGGGGUCAUCACCUGCUACCCCCAUGAGCCCAUGGAGGACAUCAUUGAUCGCUUUGCCAAGGAGCAGGUCCAUCGCCUGGUUCUGGUAGAUGAGAACCAGUACCCGCGGGGCAUCGUCUCCCUCUCCGACAUCCUCCAGGCCCUUGUGCUCACUCCCGCAGGCAUUAAUCGAUCCUCACUCUGAAGACACCAGGAAGUGCCACUGUCUUGUUUGACUCAAGGGUCUCUUGCAUGGCCUGUGAGAAGGAGGCUUUGGCCUGAAGGCUCUCUGCAGGGAGGAUCUGCCUGUUCACCCCAGUCCUGGGGCUCGUCUUGAGUCCAGGGCCAGAUCCUGUCAGCCUUGGGGAGGUAGAAAGGGUGGAAAAGGGGGCACCGGGGUACCUCCUGCCAGUGAGCACAGUGAUGCUCGAUGGGCACUGUGCUGGAGGAGCUGUGACAUGCCUGUGGCUGGGCACAGAGACCCACAGAGCCCCAGAAGACCUGGUCACUCCACUCCCAUCCCACUGCUGCAUUCGAGCAUUUCCACUGUGGCUCCCUCCUGGUGAACACAGUCCCACCGUCUGUGCCCAGUGCCUGGUAGCAUAGGCUCAGCUGCACACACAGGCUUGUUUAUUGUAGGCUCACAUGGGGCUGGAGCUCCCUGGCAGAGGCACAACCUGUGCAAAAGCUGGCACCAGGAUGGGCACUUGCAUGGGGACCCUGUGCACUUU